AUGACUUCAUCCGGGUCUUCCAAGGACCUCGCCAAAGCGCUCAAUAGCUUCCUCCAGGCCCCCUCCCUCCCUCUCCCCGCCGAGAUAAACGGUACUAUUACUAGCUACCUUGAAAAGCAUGGAAUACCCGAUGAAGGUUCGGGGGAGCGGCUCGGCGAUGAGUUGCUUGCUCUAUGGGAGAAGGUCGUGCAAGACCACCCGGAACGAUACGCCGCCUUCCUCGCUAUUCUGCGGCGGCUUCGUCCAGGGCUUGGAACGCCGGCGCGUGUCUUCAAAUGGUGGGACAAGCUUCUCGACCCGGUGUUAGACUAUGUUGGGCAGGAGAAGGGAUUGGCGAGGGAGGUGAUGGACCAUACGCUCGACCUACUCUCGGCCGAUGAAUAUGACGAGUCUGCCGCGUGGAGCGAGGAAGGUCUGGCGCCACUCAUCAACCGGCUGCUCACGAGGUGGACUGAGCUACGCGAGACCCAGCCGGAUCUCCGCCCCUCCACCGACCUCAAGGAGCAGAUGAUCAAUGACGCUCUGAUGGCAUUUGGCAAAAAGGACCCCAAGGGUUUCAUGAAUGCUUUGAAUGGCUUCCUUGUCAAGAAAGAGCAUCGCAACUCGGCCCUGAGCCUUCUCUGCGGGUUCGUGUCGAGUGGCCCCCCGCAUCUACAUGUCAUUCUCCAGACUCCCCUCUUCGUCAACAUCUUACACUCGCUCCAAAAGGACGAAUCGACCGCGACGGUUAACCUAGCUCUCAUAACUUUAAUCAUGAUUCUUCCGUUUAUAGCAAGCUCCCUGGUUCCUUUUCUCCCCACACUCUUCAACAUCUAUGCUCGGCUGCUGUUCUGGGACCGAGAUUCCUACUUUACCCAGCAACAUACUGAGAUGGGCGUGGAUAACGGGGAGGUGGGAGCUGGGCUUCACUGGGAUAAGUCUCUGCUGGAUCCGGACCAUGACGGGCACUCCCUGUCCUAUCUGCCGCAUUACUUCACCGUGCUCUAUGGCUUGUACCCCAUUAACUUCGUCGAGUACAUUCGCAAGCCUCAGAGGUAUCUUCGCCACGCCAACAAUGACGAGGACAUCGACGUCCAGGCUAUGGAGAUCCGGGACCGGUCCGAACCGUUCAGGAAGCAGCACCUUCUACAUCCGAAUUUCUAUAACUUCACCAUUGAAUCUGAAAAGACGGACAUGAGCCGCUGGAUCAAGACCGAAGGUGAUGAAGUGCUUGCGGACUGCAUGGCUUUGGUUAUAAAUAACACAUCCGGCCACUCCCGUGCACGUCCGGCCACACCGCUUCCAGGAUCGUCAGGCUCGCUGAUGGGCGAUGGCCCGGAUCCGGAAGGCUUAGACUCUGCUCUCCUCGGCAGCUCCAUCCAUGGCGAUUUAUCACGCCAAGCGUUCUCUGCGGGAUCCAUAUCCGUCAGCGGAGCUCAUAGUCCUUCGAUUCGCCGGGGGUCACAAUCCAGCCAUCCACCGGCAGAGGACGAGUUCAAGAGUCAGGGGCACGCCGAUGAUGGCCCGAUUCUGCCAUCCGAUCAGAGCCAGCCACAGUCUCGCGAUGAUGCACGGAACGCAAUUCCUUCGCUUGCCAACGACAGCCAAGCAGGCGAGAAAAGCCCAGGGCAUUCCGCGCUAGUCGAAGACUCAGGGCACGAACUUGAUGUUCUCCAGCACCACCGGCUUCGACUUAUCAACGACCUGCAAUAUGAAAGAUUCAUCAAGCAGCAACACAUGGUACACAUGGGCGAGCUGCGGCGACGACAAAUCAGGGUGUCUGCCACAGAGGCUGAAACACAGAACCUGAUCAUGGCGAACCGCAGCUUGAAGCAGCGGCUCGAUGAGGCCAAGAAAUGCGAGGCGCAGAUUAGGAAGGAAUUUGAUAAUCGGCGAAAUAUGGCCAAGAAGUGGGAGAGCGACCUGUCAAACAAGCUGCGGGUGCUGCGUGAGGAGCAGAAGAAAUGGAAUGCAGAAGGUAACGAGUUGAGGCAGCAGCUGGGGAAGGUACAAGCGGAAUGCGAGAACUUGCGGCGGAUCGUCGGAGAGGCAGAGAAGAAGAGACUCGAGUCAGAACAGAAUCUCGAGGCGCUGAAGACUGAAAUCGCCCGCCUUUCCGCCUCAGAACGGGAGUUCCAGGGCAAGGAGGCGAAGCUACAGACUGCCGCGCAGGAGGCAGCUGCGGCGCAGGCCCGGGCACAAGAAAUGGUGUUGGAGGUUGCUGCUCGAGAGAAACAACUGCAGGAGGCAGAACGCCACUACAAGAGUCGAAUAGAGGACCUGAAAGCACAGCUCGCCAAAGCACUGCAGGAUCAGCCGAGAAGAUCGGCCAUCGAUGUCGCAGCGGCAAGUACGCAGCGCUCCAAUCAACAUUGUUGGAUCUACAGAGCGAUAUCGAACAGAGGGGGGGUUAGGCCUGUUCCAAAUUCAUCAGCCGGCGGCGACAGCGGAUCGCUGCGCAUGGCAAAAGGGCCAGCAGCGAGCCGGAACCGACAGGGGAGGUUCUCGGACGCAGACCUUGCUGAGAGUUUAGUCCAGAGUCCAGAGCCCCCGAUGGCGGAGCCGACGCCGGCCUCGCACGCGUCCGUGUCUCAGCCCCCAUUGAGUCCAUCAGGACAACGUACUGAGCGACCCUUUGGUCGAGGUGAGUCCUGGGGUGUCGGGUUCCAGGGCCUUGGAAUGGUCUGA